ACGUGAGGAGUCGAUAAAUGUAAGUCUUGCAUAUCCGUGUGUGGACUCGAAAAACCAAAUACAGUAUUUUCUUGCUCCCUUGAUUGAGGACUUGAAUGAUCUCUAUCACCACGGUUUAAGAGUGCGUUUGUCAGAACACGAAUCAGGGUUUUGCAAAUGUACCGUUUCAUCAAUUCUUGGUGCAGACCUUGCUACCACAGCAUCUAUGAUCAGCGCCAUCAAAGGACCUGAUCCAAGAUCCUGGGGAAUAAAUAAUGCGAUAACUACAUUUGCCGAGAUUCCAGGAGUAAACGUACCAGAAUCGUUUCCUUCUGAUUUGAAAGCUCUUCUCUACGAGACUAUUUAUGCAAAAGGGAUCCAUCAAAUUUAUUUCGCAAAGGAUAGCCCCGGGUUUAUAUCCGAGCUUGGCAAAUUGAAACAAUCUAUAACUAAAAACCUCUCGCUCAUUCAACCGAAUUUCGUUCACAGUCUGCUGAAAAAAAGCAGCGCUUUGCAGGUGAAAGGUUCAAGUUGGCAGAUUGGUCAUAAACUAUUCUAUGCAAUUUACUAUGUCACGUGCCUUAAGUCACGGAACCAGGGAGUAGCGUCAGAAGCUACCAUGUUUUUGGUAGAGCUUAAUGCCUAUCUUGAAGUAUACUCCUGUGAUGAUCUGACCGACCAUACAGAAGAGUUUAAAUGUUUCAUAAAGCAGCUUCUCGAUAAUCUCAAAAACCUUUGCUUCAAAUAUGAAAGUCUCAAGAAACUUCAAUCCGUGCCAUGCCAUAUGCUUCUCAACGCUUGUGAUACUCUCAAAAGGGUCAAAAAUAUUGAAAACACCUACUGCAGGGCGAAGGAUAUGUCGCUUCCUUGGGUGAGGAACCUAAAAAGCAAGACGAUGACUUCCGUCGGUGGGCGUUUGCUGAUGAAAAGCAUCCAUGAUUGUCUAUGGUUUAUGGACUUCAAGUACGAUAUUGAACAAGAUCAUUGGAAAGUUCCUGCGAAAUGGAUAUUUGACAGGCACAACGUUGGACAUCGAAAAUUGCAGUCCAAGAUUCAAAAACGGGUUAUGUGUUCUAGGAAGUUACGGAGUCAAUACCUGCGUUCGGUAGAGAAAAGUGAGAGUAUUUUGGAUAAUAUCCGUAUAACUAACUAUGGCACAGCUGUAUUGGACGGAGAGGAGUUUAAGAUUGGCGGAAGCAAGACGUACGCCAAAAUACAACCCCGAUACAAACAUGGUUCCGCGAUUUACGUCAAGAUCCAUGAAUUUGUUGGAAUCGGCUUGGAUGAGUUCCCUAGCAAAUUCGCCAUAGUGGAGAAUCUUCAAGAGCUUAUUCUCAAGCACAAGUUACCGAUAGCCAACACAGACAAAAAACUGGUUGUUGGCCGCACGUAUGAUAACUCUUCUUUCGGAAAGCCCGAGAUUGUGGAAGUCGAGAAGUAUACAUGGAAACCGGUUUCUAUGAUACCUCUGGAUGGGUCCACGUCAUUUGUUUAUGAUCCGCACCUUAGCUACGACGAUGUAAUAUCAAAAUAAAAUACAAGCCCACCUUAAACCUGGCAAGGAAAUCAAUAAAAAAAACCAGCACAUUGACAAACGAAAUGGUAAGUACCGAGCAUGUUAUGUGUUAACAAUCAAGUCUUUUGAUAAGCCUGUUGGACUCUCAAUGCUUCUGGCAGCUACCCUAAUUUUUGUUUAUUACACAGUUUGGACGUUUGUGCUUCCAUUCCUCGAGCCAGACAACUUUCUACAAAACUUGUUUCUACCAAGAGAAUAUGCUAUUAAAAUACCUGUUUUGUUGCUAUGCAUUGGUGUCACAUUAAUCGGUGCAUUUAUUGGCAGCGUGCUAAUUCGUUCAUCCAAAAAAGGUAAGAAAGCAUAGCUGAGCCUUUCUCUAACAUUCACAGUACGGAUAGGAUGAGUCUAUGUAUCGAAGAAUCUAAAAUUGCUGUUUGCUGAGUUCCAUAAGUCCUCUGCCAAUUCUCUUCCCACUCCCUUUCGGAAACGUCCGUUAGAAUCGAGAUACGAAUCUUGCUUUUCUUGGGGUAGCGCCCGAGAUCGAACUUUAGUAUUGAUGUGUGUCUGUUUCGCAAACUCAAAAUACCGUCCUAUGCAAUCCAUCAUUGGUUUCUUGUUGUACAAUGCCAGUUUCCGAAGGUCGUUGGAAAUGUGCUCGUACUUGUUCCUUUCGUCAAUACUGACGUUUGCCCAGAUAUUUUGGCUAAUGAGCUCCACAGGUUCUGCAGAAUACUCUGUUUUGGGAACGUCGUUGAUUCCUAACUCAAACCAAGCACUCCCUGCAAAGCUAUUAUGUUGCAGAAGGUCCUUAAUGGCCAGCUGUCGUUGCUGCGUUCGCAUGGGGACUGUUUGCGUUGGCGUAGAGAACUCGGACACCCCAAUCCCGUGUGAAUCGAGAGGAUCUAAGUACGGAUUUAUUGCGUCGUCAUUGUCGUGCCCGCUACUCUGGGACUCUGAACGUGUCUCGUCAUCGGUAGUCUCUCCUUUCUGCUCUGAUUUUGUUGUAUUAUCUGUAGAGCUCGGCCUGUGCUGGAUUUCUGCAGAAUUAGGGUCUCCUAAGUCUCGUCUCCUGACUUGCUCUAUAUAUUGUGAGUCUUGCAAGUCGCUCUGAUAGUAAUUAAUUUUCGAGAUGGACGAAUUAAACGAAGGUGCCUCAUUAGGCGGCGGCCUGCGGAUUAGUAUGCUUUUUUUCCCUGUCUCGUCGGGAACCGGAGGUGUACAUUGCGCGUCCUGCUUUGACUGCGUGUCAAGAAUGUAAUUGACAGAGGAUGUUCGUCUUGGAGCGACAGUCUCAAACACCUUUGAAUCAUUAUACGCAUUUAUUAUAUGGUUUCUGUACCCUGGGCCACCUCCAGAGGCAGCUGAUAAACUAUGGCGUUUCAUUUCCGCCAUAUGGUCAUUCUUGGAGCCAAAAAAUGGAGACUGUGUUCGCUUGAGCGAAGUCUGCAGCGAGUGUGUCGAAUGCUCGCGUCGAAGUUUGUUGAGCGUAAAAUUUGGCUUGAAAAUGGAAGUAUGAGCAGAGGA